AUGAAGGGAAGCGUGAAAAUUACCACCUCCAAGGGAGCGUCGGGUGGGGCUAGAAAAAGUUGCUACCCACCGUUUGAUUGGAGCCGCAAUCGCAAUGGCUGCCUGGCGGUGCUGUUUUGUGUGACUUGUUUCUCCAUACUGAUGUGUCUGGUUUUUGCUGACAUUUUAAGCCGCGUCGACGAAGAUGAUUCCCUCAAGGCGACGACGACACAACGUCCUGGCCACGUGUUCCCGCUGCUGGUGGUGAAGAUGUACGACGACACGGUCAAGUGUAGGAUGACCGCCGAGUGUUCGAUCGCGUGCUCGUAUGUCCACGUGCUCAACAUAUCUACGCAGGUGGACGAACUGGCUAAGGAGAACUCAUGCCGCGCCUUCUCACUGACCAUGUUAUCCUUGCGCACGUCGGACGAUAUCCUACGCCGGAACUGGCUUUUACUGGACGUCGAUUUCGAGGUUACGUCGCUGCAGCUGAUCAACUCCAACAUCAUAUCGAUCGAGCCUGAAUCCUUCGACAUCGGAUCGAUGUUUGGCAUGACCGUGCUGACGUUGCAAUCGCUCAAGAUCGACUACCUGCCGACGGGAGUGUUCCUGGGUUUGCAGAGUCUGCGCGAACUGAAUCUACUGAAUUUGCCACUUCGCCGGAUCGACCCGUAUGUGUUGAGUCCGAUGAAGUACUCGCUGACGCGACUCGUCAUCGAGAGCAGCCUGGAUGCGAUCGUGCCGAAAAAUUUAACAGGAUCCGCGACGCUUCCGAAGCUCGAGAUUCUGUCGUUGGAGUACAACUCGUUCGUUGACGUGCUUGAGGAGGGAACUUUUGCUAAUUUGCCCUCGCUGACAAGCCUCUAUCUGCGCAGUUCACACAUCACAUCGCUCGAUGUGAGUGUGUUUCGGGAUGUGUGCACCACCGUCAAGCAGAUUCACCUGAUCGGCAACAAGCUGACUGAGGUGGCAGCUGGUACAUUUGACUGUCUACGUGGCACUGAGGCGAAGAUCUAUCUGAAGGAUAACCCGUGGUUGUGCACUUGCUCGCUGCAGUACCUCCAGGAGCUACUGCUGGACACCAACCUCGUGCUGGACGAGCCCGUGUGUCAUGCUCCGGUGGAGCUAAAAAGCAUGCCGAUACGGGACGUAACGCUCUGCACGACAUCGGAACCAUCUGUCACACCAUCUGGUGAGCCAUCCACUGAGUCAACAGUGGAACCUUCGAGCAGUCCGGCGACUGAACUGACGUCAACGUCAACCACGGCAAUGAUAACGACGGAGGAGGUUACGACAAGUACGAUGGAGGCAAGCUACACCACAACGACCACUGAGUUCGUUACAGAGCCAUCGACGACGGAGGACACGACAACGACGGCGGAGGCGACUACUACUACUAAAUUUCCAACUACAACAGAGGUGGAUUCUACGACGGAAGAAAACUCUUCAGAUGAACAUUCUACCACCGAGGAUACGACGUACUAUCCAACACCAACGACGGAGACGGAUUCGACUACGGAAACACCCCUCGAAACCACGUCAGUGUCUACUACUGGCACUACUGAGCUCACUACGCAGGAAACCACGUUUUCCUCAACCACGGAGGAAACUACGAUGGAGCCAGAGACCGGUACGCCAUCGACCGAGUUCCCUUCAACAACGAUAAGAGAUGUGAGCACCACAGACAGCACAACAUCCACAGAGGCUUCAUCCGCAUCGACGGAAGAUCAAACUACUUCGUCUUCCUCAUCGACUGAGCCUGGAAACACACCAACGACAAUCGUUCCGCUUCCGACGAUCCUUCCAGACUUCGUGCAGGUACAGUGUGAGAGUACAGCCACUCCACUAGCAUCGGAGAUCAUCGCCGAAAAAGCGAUCAUUCGUCGAUUACGCUCCAUUGGAUUAGGCACGAUUUCCCUGAAUAUCGCUACCCGUUCGAAGUUGUUCACCAUCUCUGAGGCGCAGGAAGGCGCCGUUGAGUUGUUUUUCGACAAAACGACGUACGGGGCGGUACUCUGGUUCACAGACACCUCCACACUGUCGGCGGUGUUCUCGACAAACGUUGAGAGUAGCGCGCAUUGCCAGACACUCGGUAGUCAGAAAGUGCGCAUCGCCAACCUAACCCCGGACAAGAAUUACGUCUUCUGUGCGUUCAGCUUGCAUGAGGCGAUGGUCUCUCCGUUCAACUGUCUUCCGUACCGGUUGCUGCCCGUGUAUGGUCAGCGAGCCUGGUUGGUCGAGGAUCAGAAGAUCAUGAUGAUCAGCAUCAUCAUCUCGUCCAUUCUGGUGGCGCUACUAACAGGCGUGCUGGUGACGUACUGCUUCUUCAAGAGUCUGGCGCUGUACCAAACGAACCACUCGAAGCAGUCCGUGUUGCCCGUGGCCGAGCACAACACCGUCAAGAACACGUACAUGUCCCCGAUGCCGCCGAAGAAACCGCUCACACCGGAAAGGCCGAACAUCAAGCGGAGCGUCUCGGACACCAGCAUCGAAAGCGGACGCAGCUACGUCUCAGCCGUCGUGCCCGCGACGCAGUUCCAGUACAUUUCCUGGAAGAUGGAAAACCGCUCGCGGCCCUCACUCGAGUUCUACCCGAACGAGCCACCCCCGCCACCGUUGCCACCCCACCCGAGCAAGCGGCUGAAGAAGCAGAAGUCCGAGAUCAAGAUAAACUUCCACCAGCAGCAGGGCAUCUACGACGAGCCGGCCGGGACGAGCUACAAUGGCCGUACGGCGGGUACGAGCAGUUUGCACCAGUCGCUCCGCAGCAACCGGCACCGGGCGUCCUGUGGUGGGGUGUUGCACUGA